AUGUUUUUCCAUCAAGAGAGUUCUGCAGAGAUCGAAACAAAUGGUAGUCAGACGGUGCAAGGUCCGGGCUAUACGGUGGAUGCAUCAAAACUUCCCAACCAAGCUCCCUCAAUUUUUGGCGCGUCAUCAAAGAUGUUGGUCCAAAAAAAUUAUUUUUUGAUCUGUGUGUCUAAUAAGAUUUGUAGAUACUUCAGCAAAAUCUUUCCGUUAUGUAACUAUUAUGUGCAUUAUGGAAAAACCGGACGACUCAUUAAUCUAGUACCAGGACCACUAUGUUAUCCAAUUAUUGGAAGUGUAUACAUAUUAUUUGUUUCACGAGAAGUACUAUGGAAGCGUUUAAUCACUCUUUCUAAUAAGUACUAUCCCAUUUACAAAAAUUGGAUAUUCUUUAAACCCGUUAUAUCCAUCCAUCAUCCAGAUGAUCUAAAGACGAUAUUAAGCAACCCGAAACAUAUAAAAAAGAAUUUUAUUUAUGAUAAUUUCAAACCUUGGCUCGGAACUAGUAUUCUCGUUAGUGAAGCGCAAAGGAAGCAGCUUGCAAUGUUGGAUCUUCUCAUAGCGACAUAUCGUGAAGGUGUCAUGACUGAUUUAGAGAUUAGACAGGAAGUUGACACUAUUAUGUUUGGGGGCCAUGACACUACAGCGUCAAGUUUAAGCUUCAUUUUGGCAUUAUUAGCUGAACACAAGGACAUACAGGAUCGUGUCAGAAACGAAGUCGAUAUUGUUAUGCAAGAGAAUGAAAAUAAAUUAACUAUGAAAUUUUUGCAUCAACUAUCAUAUUUAGAAAGAUGCAUAAAAGAAGCUUUGCGCUUGCAUAUUUUCCCGCACAAGAGCCAAAAUCGUCACCCUUACUCAUAUAUACCAUUCAGUGCUGGACCACGUAAUUGUAUCGGCCAACGAUAUGCUAUGCUGCAAAUGAAAAUGAUAACUGCUUCUUUGAUACAUAAUUUCUAUUUGGAACCUGUCGAUUAUAUAAAGGAUGUUCGGCUUCAGGUUGAUAUCGUACUUCAUCCUCAUCCACUUCGUGUACGAUUUGUUCCUGUUUUGCAAAAUUAAUACAAACAAAAACGCCGCGUUUUUUCAUAUCUCUUUUGUAUCUCUGUGCUUAAAUUCGCGCGAAAACGUCUUCGUAGUCCCAGGACAAGACCUUCGGACCUCUAGAGAGAGGCGGUACGCACAACUGCAUAAAAGAAACAACUUCGAGAGAUUCAUGCGCAUGCAACAUUGUCGUCCCCU